AGUUAACCACAGACAGCAGAGAAACAAAAGGUUGAAAAUAUACGACGGAAUAAGUGAUGAACUUCGCUUUUCACAGUUGCCGCGGAUUUAAAAAAGCGACACGAUAUCACUGAUGCCACCGAUUGCGACUGUCAUCUCUUAUUAGAUCAGGGGAGCUGACAUGGCAUAAUAUGGUGUGGGAAGUGAAGACUAAACUGGUGCCGUACAGCAUAGAGAAACGCCAACAGGGGGAGCUGCAGAGCACUUCAGGAAUGGACGACGCCUUCGACAUGCUCAAGUGCAACGAGGACCUGCCGUCCUCGCCCGGAUGCCCUACCAGUGAGAGUCGCAUGGAGUAUGAUGACCUCCCUGAGCUGCAGGAGGUUCAGGAGGGCCGGUCACUGCCAGCGGUGUUCCAGGUGUCGGAGGGAGUGUCUCAUCAGGAGCGUCCCUGGGACACCUGGAGCCGCACCGCUGACAGCGACUCCCCCGACACCAACUGGCUGACAGAGCUGGCCAACAUCGCCACCAGCCCCCAGAGUCCCCUGCUACAGAGCUCCUCCUGCAACAGGUCCUCUCCUGUGCACAUCGUUGCCACCAGCAACAGCUUGCAUUCCUACGCCCGCCCGCCCCUGGCCUCCAGCAGCGCACCCGGCCCCGCCCGCAGCCACUGGAGAGAGCGCCGGCGGGUCAGGGCGAGCAGCGAGUCAGAGUCCAGCAACUUCUGCACAUCCUCGCUGUCGGACGAUGAUGACAUGGGCUGGUCCCAUUCGUGGCCCGCCACAGUCUGGCACUGCUUCCUGAAAGGAACACGCCUGCGCUUCCACAAGGGACCCAACGUGGAGUGGCAGGACGUCGAGGACCUGGGCGACUCUGACGACGAGUCCGAGGACGAGGGAGAGGCCGCGUGCCACCCCCUGAAGAGCUAUGGAUCUGAGGGGCUGAAUUUAGUCUCCCACGAGGAGACCGUGUCCUUUGGUCAGUCGGUUCUCAAACUGACCUUUGACCCCGGUUCCCCAGAAGAUGGCCUGUUAACAGCGGAAUGCAGAUUGGACCAUCCCUUUUUCGUGAAAAAUAAAGGCUGGUCCUCCUUCUACCCGAGCCUCACGGUCGUCCGGCACGGGAUCCCCUGCUACGAGGUGCAGCUGGGGGACCUGUGCCUCCCCCCGGGACACAGGGACGCCAUUAACUGUGACGAUUCGGUGGUCUUUGACACCUUCAGGAGUUAUGACUUCACCCCCCUGGACUCGUCGGCCGUGUACGUUCUGAGCAGCAUGGCCCGCCAGCGUCGGGCCUCCCAGUCCAGCGGGGGCGCUGUCAGCCCCGACUGUGAGAAACUGGGCCGGGACACGGAGCCCCCGGGCCCCUCCCACUCCCCCCACAGCAAGUCCAGCAGGAGCCACACCUCAGGGACAGCCAGCAGUGCCACGCCCACCAAGUGCAAGCGGCCAAUGAACGCCUUCAUGCUCUUCGCCAAGAAGUACAGGGUGGAGUACACACAGAUGUACCCUGGGAAAGACAACAGAGCCAUCAGCGUCAUCCUGGGGGACAAGUGGAAGAAGAUGAAGAACGAGGAGAGGAGGAUGUACACCAUGGAGGCCAAGGCCCUGGCUGACGAACAGAAACGCCUCAAUCCCGACUGCUGGAAACGCAAGCGAACCAACUCGGGCUCACAGCAGAAUUAGCUCACAGACGCAGGAGGCUGCUGUGGGAAUAUGAACUGGACAGAGUCACAGAGAGAGAGAGAGAGAGAUGGAAACAACGACCUUCCCACUCUUCAGCAAGGUGGAUGACAAUUUACUGUGAUGAUGAAUUUUUUUUUUUUUUUGCUUUUUAAAUUAAUAGAGACAUUAUACAGACAAACGGAAAAAAUGAGCAAACAAAAAAAGUUAAAUGAUAUUAAAAAAAAGCAUAUAAUCUAGUAACUAACUGUGCUUAAAAUAUUUUCUUACAUUUUUAAUGACCGAAAAUGCCUUAUUCUUCCAAAGUUAAGAAACUUCUCAGUUCUGUUUUUCAGGUAAAUUUCAUGCUCUAGGCUUGAAAGGUGCGAUCCUGUGGUGCUACAGUAGGGUGUGGAGGAGCUGUAAACAAAUGUCUAUUUUUUAAAUGUAUAAACAAAAAAAAAAGAUAAAAAGGGGAAAUUUUAAAAUGCUUUAUUUCAGCUUGUUCAUACGAUUAUAUUUGUAUAACUCAAUAUAUUGCACAGACAUGGUAAUCCAUUUCACUUUGUAUUUGCAUAAAGGGGCGGGGAGAGUAUAACGAGGCCACGCCCAUCUGCAGGAGGCUUCGGCCACUCACUCGAGGAGGCGUGUGACACAAACGAGGUCACGUGACCUUGUAUUAUACAUGGAGUGGACACGUACACACAAACACAGCACUUCUAGGGCUAUGACUAACCCCGAAGUGUUCUUGCACUUUAUAUACAUAUAUACAUAUAUACAUAGAUAUAUCUCGUAUAUAUAUAGACUUGUACAACUAAUCCCAAGAAGAGAAUUUAUGAGGAUCUCAUGUGAUGCAAUCGUGGCCAAACUGUAACGGCUCCCGUAUAUCUCUCAGUUCGUCACUGCAUUCUUCAAAUCUCUCAUGUCAAUAAUGUACAGGUCUUCGCCCCCCACCAAACCUCUUGCACAAAACGUUCUUGUAUGAUAUUAUAAAUAUUAAAAGUUUAAACAUGUAAUCUAUCCCCCCGUCUCGUCUCGUGUCGUGUUGCAUGUUUUGGUUUCAUCUUCUGCUGUGCUUCAGUCCCUGUACCAGAGCAGGGAAUUUAUUUUUUGAACGGACGGCUGUGAUUGGAUACUUGUUUAAAUUUUGCUGUGUUCCUUAUGCUAGAUUGUGUUGUCCUUAUCAGGGUGGUGUGGAGGGGCCCUUCUUAAGGGUUCUCUCUCAGAUGUGUGGUACUCUCCCUGCCUCUUCUUUCCCUUCCAUACAGCUUUCAUUCCAUCUCCUAUUUCCAUCUGUAAUGUUUUCAUUUCCAUGCGUUUACCUGCGCCUCUUCCUCGGCACUCAUCGCUAUGACGACGAGAACACGGUGGCCCCCACACAGACAUGGCCCUGCCUGGAACCCCGUGUUCCAGUUUAACACAUCAAAACACCGGCGUGCGCAAGAAGGAUCUAAUCCAAUCUCUCCUGUGGCAGAAUAAAAGAUUUCUCGUGAUGAAUGAAUGGGGAGCGCUUUGAAGGUUCUAAUUGAAUCUCUGCCCAACAAGAUUCACUGCCCUCUGAAAACGGACACCGAACAAAACCCGCCAAGGAGAGAAAAGAACGAGAUGAAAGGGGAAGCGUUUUUACAUACCUGCCCUUUAAUCUUAGACCACAGCGCAUUUCCCAUAAUGCAUCUGUGCAAACUGAGGAUUCACAGAAAACAAAGUGUAAAUAGGGUACAUCCACUGUUGCACAUGUACAUUCUGCAAAACACAAUCAAAAUUAAAUAGAGGAUAAUUAUUUAUAGAGUUUGAAAUCUUUA